AUGGCCAAAGAGACCAUUAGUGUUGUUUGCGAGCAUCCCAAGAAAUGGCAAGUAAAAGAUGAAUAUUUUGAUGAUGAAAAGGUUGUAAUAUCAGUCGCUGAUAAUGGAAGGAAGGAGAGUAUUGGAGCAGCUAAAGACGCAUCUCCUGCAUUUCCCGGGUGGUAUACUGAUGUAUCCUGGCCGGGAGAAGCACACAUAUAUAAAAUGAAAAAGAUCAUAUUCCAAGGGAAGUCAGAAUUCCAAGAGCUUCUUGUAUUUGAGUCAUUUGGACAUGGCAAGGUUGCAAUUCUGGAUGGGUAUAUCCAGCUGACAGAGAAUGAUGAAUUUGCCUACCAAGAGAUGCUCACACAUCUUGCACUCUGUUCGAUUCCAAAUCCAAAGAAGGUGCUGCUGGUUGGAGGGGGAGAUGGUGGAAUUCUUAGGGAAAUAUCACGUCAUUCUUCUGUUGAGCAUAUUGAUAUAUGUGAAAUAGACAUAAUGGUGAUUGAUGUUUAUAAGAAGUUUUUUCCAGAUAUAGCAAUUGGUUACGAGGAUCCCCGAGUGCACGUUCAUAUCAGGGAUGGAAUUGCGUUCAUCAAAACUGUUGCUGAGGGCACUUACGAUGCAAUUAUAUUGGAUGCUUUCCAACCAAUGGGACCUAUAGCAGAUGUGCUUGCGGAUAACUGCUUCUUAGAAUCAGUAGCAAAGGCUCUUCGACCCGGUGGAGUGUUGUCUGCUCCAGCAGACAGCUUGUGGCAUAAGAACUUUGUCAUUGCAGAAACCAUAGCAAAUUGCAAGAAGAUAUUCAAAGGCUCAGUUAACUAUGCUUGGACAACAGUGCCUACAUAUGCAAGUGGAGUGAUUGGAUUCAUGCUUUGCUCCACGGAGGGCCCUCCAGUCAACUUCAAACACUCAACAAAUCCAUUGAAUCCAAAGCAAAAUGGGGUUGCAAAGGGACCUCCAAAGUUUUAUAACCAAGAGAUCCAUGCUGCAGCAUUUUGCCUACCUUCUUUUGUGGGCAAGGUUAUUGAUCCAUAA